UUCAGCUUUUGUCAAUAUCACCGACAGAGUCAAAUGUGAUUUGAAGAUGGCGAUACAAGAGUAGGAUUGAGCGGACGCUUCGCAAAGAAGCUUCCUUCUUGCAGUGUUAAUUAAAAUUCCAAGCCCAGUUGUACAUGACUGGGAAGUUCAAUGCGGCGCAUAAGCAUGUGUCACGUCGCGAUGAAACAAGAGCAGGAGUUCUAUAAUGGUGGAGGGUUCUUCGCUUUUCGUGCUAAUCAAGGGAACAAUUCAAAGGGGAGAGGCCUAAGACUACUAACACAAUUUACUAAUCGGAACGGAAAGAAAUUAUUUGUAUUGAUAUACAAAUAUAUCUUUAUCUGUGAUUGCGAAAUAAAAGGAAAACAAGCGAAAGACAGAGAAUUGCAAAAAAAUCAAACAGUACUCUGAUUCACACAAAGUUAACAUACAUACAAUCUAGUCAAGAAAGGAAGACUUACUUCUUAAAGAGAAAAUUAUGACGCUUUGAAAUAAUGAUGAUACGAUGAAUUCGAAAUAUGCAAGCGAAAAAUAUAAAAACACAAUAAGCAAAUUGGACCAUGAAUUUUGUCAAAAUUCUAUUUUGAAAAUAUUCCGAAAAGAACAAGAAGAUUGCGUUUAUUAGAGAAUUGAGAAUCGCGCAUGAGUAUUACGAAUAACAUCAAAGAUAAUUCAAUCGUAAUAAAAUAUUAAUAAUGUAUCGAUCACAUUGGAAUUUAUUACUAAAAAAAAAAAAAAUGUAUUACCAAAGAAACAUUUAAUCGAAUGCUUUAAGAAUAUAAGUAGUGGAAUAUGUGUAUAAAUGUAACUAAUCCUAAUAACACUGAUCAAAGUUUUAUUGUUAUUAACGGCAAAUGAUACCAAAUUAGACUUAAUAAAGAAAGAUAAAGAAUAGAAAAUUUGAUCGAUACAAAAAAAAUCGAGUACAAUUGAUGGCGUGUCUAUCGACGAUUAUAUAUGCAUACAAAAUCUUGACAAACGUAUAUUUAUAUAUACGUAUAAAUUUAAGUAUAAAAAAAAAAUGAUCUUUUUAUUCGUAUAAAAUACGAUUAAUAUAGUUGAUUUGAUACGUGUUAUCAUAUACGUGUUCAACGAAUAAACGAAAACGAGGAAGAGAGACAGAGAGGGGGGAAGGAGAGAGAGAGAGAGAGAGAGAGAGAGAGAGAGAGAGAGAGAGAGAGAGAGAGAGAAGGAAGAAAGAAGAGAGAAAAAAGAGAAAGAGAAAGAGACUUUUUCGUCAGUGAUCUAUUCGUUACUAUUCGUUGAAUGAGCGGAUAAAAAAAUGAAAAAUAAGAAUAACUUAGUCUCAAAGAAAUUAAAUAUCAUAAUAGAGAAUGAGAAAUAGAAAAAAUAUAGAAAAAAAAAAAAAUAGAGUUUGUAGUCUAAUGCAAAAAAAUUAUCGUGUUAUGGAUCGUAUAUCGAUGGAUAUAAUACGAAGAUAUCAAAGAUGAUGAAGAUGAUUCGUCAUAGAUUCGUCUAUAUUGGAUGAAAUGAACAAAUGUUCAUUAAAAAUUAUAAAUAUUACUAAGAGUGGUAUACAUCGAAUCCGAAAGAAUUGUGAAUUUUUUUUUGAAAAAUUGUAUACGAAAAAUAAUAAUAUAAUUUCUUAAUCACACUGAGAAAUAACUAUCGUAUUAAAGAAAGAGAUAAUGAUUACAACAAUUAGUUGAAAAAAAGUACUAAAAGAGAAAGAUGAGAGAUCAUAGACGAAGAGAAAAUUGAAGAAGGAGAGUUGGAAGAACGAAAGGGAUAUGGGAAGAGUCUGAAGCAGUGUAGAGAGGGUGUCUGGAUGAGCGGAGGGGUAAAAUUUAGACCGAUAUCGACCGCGAAUUGCGCUUGCGUGGAAAAAGGCGCGCAAUCGCCGUUGAGAAAGCAACGUACUGCCGCGAGGAAGAGGCAGUCAGUCGAUUGUCGCGACGACCAUCAUCGACGAGUAACAAUCUCUGUCGUUCUAUCGUUGUUUCUUUAUAUAGCCGAGGUGGUUAUUAUUUCGUAUUCAAUAUUCCUUCUUGUACCAAUACCGAUUAUAUUCUCGAUCAAAAGUAUAAAUUUUGCUUAUCUAUAUACUCAGUAUGCAGAACGAUUUUUUUUUUGUAAACAUACAGCUAAAUUUCUCAAUUCGCGUAACUAAUAAAUUAUUUCUCUUUAACUAUCGCUUUUAAUGCUACUCCACUUCUUUCGAUAUCCUUGCAACGGUCUCGGUGAUUCCAAUGCGCGCACCAACGAAACGCGCAUUUGCAGAAAGCUAGCAUAUGAAAAAGGAAAUUGUUACUAAUAAAUAUGCAUCAGAGUCGUAAGUAAGAAAGGGAAUAGAUCGCGAUCAGCUAUUUCUACGAGAUUAAUUUCUCUCUUUUUCCCUCUUUCUUCAAUUUGCUUCUUCAGUUUUUUACUUUCUGCGUUUCGAUAAACUGUGUAGAAUUGGAAAAUAUAAACUAUAAUAUUUGCAAUAUUCGCAAAAUUUAUAUUAAUUUCACUAUAAAUAAGAAUAAAUAUUAAUAUAAAAAGUUAAUAUAGAAAACUGUACAAGAACGAAAAAAAAAGAGUGAGUGAGAUAGACAGAGAAAGAGAGGAAGGGAGGGAGGGGAAGGAAGAAAAGAAAAAGAAAAUAUCGAUACAAUAAGAAUAUGAUAUCUGAUUGUUGUUACUUUACAUACGUGUAAGUUAAGUUUCAUUGUUUCUUUUGUUCUUAACUUUUAUUAUAAGAAACAGAUCAGAAACAUUUCUUAGAAAUUAAAAUAAAACGUUUUCAAAAUUAAAAUGAAUGCGUUCCACAAUUUUAAGAUUGACGAAUAAUAAUCGCGAAUAAUAAGAAUCGCGAUUACGUUGAGAUAGAGAUAGAAAGAGAGAGAGAGAGAGAGAGAGAGAGAGAGAGAGAGAGAGAGAGAGAGGAGAAGGAAAGAAAAAGAAAGAAAUAGUGAGUAAGAAAUUGCGAAUAUUUGGAUAGUAAGAUAAAAAAAAUAUAAGUUAAAUGGCUACGCUUAAUAUGCAACAAGAUAUUUUAAAUCAAGUAAUUGAAAGCGAACAACAACAAGAGGAAAUUCAAUUGACAGAAUUAUUACCGGUGAAACAAUCACGAAUCAGAGAGAAUGAAAUUUUUAAAGAUACAGAUGCGAAUGUUGAUACGACCGAUGCUUUAAAGAUACUUCGAAGUUUUACCAUCGUCGACAAUUGUUGCAACGAUGAUGAACAUAAGCUUUGCUCGGUCAAUUUAUCUUUUUGUAGGAAAAUCGAUCAAUAUGAGCGAGAAAAAUUACAAGACAAUUGCAAACAAUUGCUCGAAGGUAAUCUGCAAAAGAAGAUUUGCGAAUAUGAUAAAAAAAAUGUAAUCGAUAAGACCGAGAUUGAAAAAGAAAAAGAGAAAAGCAACGUCCAAAGAUUUGAGAAUGAAUCAAGUAUAGGAAGAAGAAAACGCAAACAAAUCGAUAAAAAAUCGAUGAUUGGAGAUGUAAUAAAAUCUACAAAGAAAAGAGCAAUUAUCGAUUCAAUAAAAAGUAAUAAAAAAGAAAAAAGUGAAGAAAAUGGCAACGCAAGGUCAAAGAAUCGGUUAAAAUUACAAGAAAAUUCAUAUCUCGAAAAUGAAAAAGAGAUUAACGAACAAAUAGAAUCAACGACUUAUUUAGAUCUUGACAAGAAUAAUCAUUUAAAUGAUGAGAUUUACGUGUUUCGUCGUGAGUUGAUAGACGAAGAACAGGAACCCAAUACAAACUCGAAAAACAUAGAGGAAACGUACAAAAAUGCGAAUUAUACUAAUACUACCGAUGGAAUAUUAUUCGAUCGAGUAGCAAUUUCUAACGAAAUAGCGGACAAAACUAAUAUUGAUGAAGCCGCCAAACAACUUAUCGCCGUUACUAUUGAAGAAAAUUGCAUAUUUAAUGAAAAAGUAGCGAAUUCGAAAAUAUUGCUCGAGAAUUCAUCGAAAGAAACAAAGUUAAACUUAUAUGCAACAACGAUGAAUUAUCUUGUAGACAGUGAAAAUAAUAAUACGAUGGAAUCAAGUCGAUUCAAAGUCGGAGAAGCUCAUACGAAUCCAUCGUAUGGAUCAGAUAUCUCUAAGAACAUAGUCGUUAUCGAAUCGUCGUCAUCAUCAUCGUCGUCAUCGUCGUCGUCGUCGUCAUUAUCAUCCUCAUCAUCAUUAUCAUCGUCAAUGUUGUCGUCGUCACUCUCAUAUUCAAAAAAAAAGAAUAUGAACGAUAACGAGGAUGGACGAGACGAGGACGAAAAGAUUGAUAUCAAAGCUAAAGAAGAAAAUCAGCAAAAAAAAUACUGUUGCGUAGUUUGCGAGGCGCGAUUUAAAGGUAGCGGAGGUCUUCGUAAUCAUUAUAAGAUCGUACAUGGAGCAGGACCUAUCUUUAAGUGUGACGAGUGUGGCAAAGAAUUCCCUUUGAAAGAAAGAUUGAAACUACACGUUAGAACACAUACCGGAUUCAAGCCGUAUAAAUGUCCAGAAUGCGACAAAAGUUUUGCCAGAGGAGGACAAUUGGUGCAGCAUCGGCGUACUCACAGUCAAGUGAAACCGUACCGUUGCGGUUUAUGUUCUGGCACGUUUACUUGUGCCGCGAAUUUGGCAUUGCACGUAAAACGACACAAUGGUCAAAAAGAUCAUAAAUGUGAGAUUUGUGGUCGCGCGUUCGUUCGCCGAGACGCGCUCAAAAAGCAUCUCGAAUGCCUUCAUAGAGAUGUAAAAUCUUUUCUUUGCGUGAUAUGUAACAAAACUUUCAAGGGCCACCUACCUCAACAUAUGAGAACGCAUGCGCGCGAUCGGCCACAUGGUUGCGCUACGUGUGGUCAAAGAUUCGCUCAAAAAUCUCAACUGACCGUCCAUCAAAGAACGCACUCAGGACAAAGACCAUUCAGAUGUUUGGUUUGUUGGCAGGCAUUUGCACAUUCAACGGCUCUUAAACUUCAUACAAGAAGACAUACCGGUGAAAGGCCGUUUAAAUGUGCCGAAUGUAACGCCGGUUUCACUCAACUACCCCACUGGAAGAAGCAUAUGAAAUGCAUCCACGGCCGAAAUGAGCCGUACGCUUGCAAAAAGUGUAAGAGUUUCUUUAGAAUCAAAAACGAUUUGGAAUGUCACGAGAAAACCUGUCAUCCUGAAUCUAAAACUGAACACGACGUUUCGAAUAAUCGAAUGGACUCCAUAACGGCACCGAUAAUACCGACAACAUCAGUUUCGAUGACCUUACAAUCGACAACGUCAUCCCUGCUCUCCAAUGAAAUAAUCACCGACAAAUCUUCCUCCUUCCCCUCCAAAUAUAAAAUAAUGUCUGUCGAGAGGAUGAGAUUGUUGCUCGCUGUACUUCUUAAGAGGAUUAGCAAACAAGAAAGAUUGGACGAGUUAGGGUUUGGAAAACGAUUAAUCGACGAGGUUCUUUAUGAUUCUUUGUUAUCCGCUGGCAAAGAUCCGGUCGUGAGUAACGGUCUUUCGGAACUCGAAACUCUCACCAAGAAUCUCGAGAUAUUUCUCAAGUGGACCGUACCCAAAGAACAUUGGGAACAUUUUCGCAAGUUGAAUAAAACACCCGAAGAUAUCUUGGAAACACUUACCGCUACUUAAAUAAAACUACCUAGUUAUUUCAAUCAUUUAAUCAUACAUGGCUAACGCUACUAAAUAUUUACCAAAGAUUAGAAGAUACAGAUAUACUUUAAACUUCUUGAAAAUUAUUUCAUCUUAAAUCGAGGCUUUUUAAAUCAAAGACUGCUCCCUCUUUUUACACGGAUAAUUUUUCUAUAACUUUAUACGUAUAACGCACCGUUCGCGACUACGUGAAUAAAAACAAAACGUGAGAUGAACGAGUAAAGAAAGAUUUGAACAUACGUGCGGAACAAGAAGAAUAUUCGUUAGCACGUGUGCAUCGUCAAUCAACAUAUUAUUUAGUAAUAAUAAUUGUUCGUAUUAUAUAUUAUCUAAAUACCAAAAGUGUUAAUAAUUAUUUAUUAAAAUUAUUUCGAUACAUAUAAAUAAUUUCAUUUAAUAUAAAAUAAGUAUUUGCUAGUCCAAAGUGCAAACGCAAUAUUCGUAAUAACAAUCGAAUAACUCGUUGAUCAUUUUGUGCGUGCACCAUUUUACAAUUCAUUUCGUACUGGAAAAGAUAAAAUAUGCGAUUGACUGAUAUACAUUUUAACGAUAUUAAAACUUAUUAUUAGUUAUGUUACAUAUAUGUUGUAAAAGUAAUAACGAGUUACACGUAAAAUGAUAGAUUGAACGAAUAUUUUGUUCCCAUCAUUUCUAUGUGAUAAGUUAAUUAUGCAUCGAGUGCCAUAUUGUUUGUAUAAAAAGUUCGUACAAACAAUUUAAAAACACAUUUAGAGUUUUAAACUUCUACGCAAAGUAUAAAGCGACAAUAUACACUGCGAAAUUUUCAUUAUGAGAGAAAGCGAGAGAACGAGAGAGAACGAAUGAACGAGCGAGCAAGAGAGAGAGAGAGAGA